GUGUCUGUGCUGUGGGUUGCACUGAGCUCUGCAGUGCAGCUGGGCUGCGCUGGUGCUCACAUCGUGUCCACUGUGUGCAAGCAGGGCGUGCAGCAGCACUAUGGGACACAGUUCCCACCUGUGGCUUCUUCUUGGUCUUUGAGUUUGUUCUUUUUUUUCCUGUGCAUGGUAAAAUGGUGGGAUUUUAGGAAGGAGAUGAUAAUGAUUGGUUGCUUUGUUGAAAUGGUUCUGGGCAAAGAUCGCUCCUGGUUGACUGGGGGUUGGUCACAUUUCCGCUCAUCUCCACCUGAACUGGAAAGCUUUGGCCAUGUUGGGGUCGUCCCUCAGGGCCGUCUGUGCCUGUUUUGCUGUUUUCAGCUUUCUGCCUCUGAAGGAGGAGGUCUGUGAUGAACUCAGACUCAGCAGCUCUGCCAUUCUGUCCCCUUCAGACAAAGCUGUCUUGCAGAUACAAACCACUCUUCAGCUCUUGGCUGUGGAGAGCACAGCUGAGGUGUUCCCAGCAGCAGGCAGGUAAUCAAAAACCAUGCAAAGAGUUUGGAUCCUUAUCCUCCAUCUAUUUAUCUGAGCUGUGGCUGCUGGAGGGAGGCAGGAGGAGCAUUUGUUUUGUUCUUUGCAAGGAAGGCCUCCCAAAAACUCAAUGCUUCCAGGUACCGUCAUUUAGUGAGUCUUCUAAUUAGGAUGUCAGUGGGUCUUCCAAAUUGUGCUGACAGUUUUUGUACAGACUUUUAAAGGGGAAACACAACAGGCUGCUCCUCGCUCGUGCUUUGGGAUUGGAUCUGCGUGCACCCGGAAGAUGAGUCUGACUGACGGGAGCUGAGCCUGCAGGGCAUCACUGGGUUUGAUUUUUAGUGGCUUAAUCAAACUGGAAGGCAAUGAGGGACCUCGGGGGACCACCCCGCCAUCGCUCAUCCCCCUCCUCCCGUGAUUUGUCUGAGAUGCUUUCGCUCCAAGGAUGAAUUUAAGGCAGCGGUGAUUGCAGUGCGGCUCUGCCUCUGUCAGCCUCAAUUGCUCAGUUUAACAACUGAGGGGAACCUAAUGGAGCAGCUUCCCCGGGCACUGCUUCACUCCAGCCUGCCUAGGAAGGCAGGUGAGGGUUUCUGCUGCAGCUCUCCGAGCUUUCUUUUUUCCCUGCUUGUACUCUAUGCUUUUAUUGGUGAUGCGGAGACGUUAACAGCACCAUAAAGGAAAAAAAAAAAGAGAUAAAUCUGGAAGUGGAUAGCUGUUAAUUAACCAAGGAAGCUGAUGGGUCCGGAUGGAGUCAUGCGGGUGACUUCACCUGCAUGGAACCCAAUGGGGCUUUGAUUUGCAGUGAGCUGGGCACCCCAUAGCGGGGCUGUGUGAGCAGUGGGCACAUCCCGAGAGCAGCUCUGUUGGCAGUGGGUGCUGCUGGUGGUGGCUGUUUGCUUUGCAGUAUUCCCGCUGGCAUUCCUGCAGGAGCAGCUGUGCUUUGUGACAGGUUGGGAUUCUAUCAGGAGCAUCAGAUAAAUGUGGAUUCUGGUGCUGAUGUCCCGCCAGCAGUCUCUGGGCCGGGUGCCCGGGCUUUGCUGCUUUCUGGUUGUGACGUGAAGCUGCAAUGUCUGGGAUUGCUUUUGUGGUGAAGGUGCUUUGCUGCAAACAGGGAUGUUCAGGUGUGGCAGAAUGGGAGUGCUGGGAUGUUGGUGGGCCGCAGGGGUGGGAUUCCCAGCUGUGCCAUCAGUGCCAGCCCUGGCCUUCCUCUGGGCCACAGUGACAUCAAACCAAACUUCUAAAUAAGCCUUAAUUGUGAAAUGUGGGAAUGGAUACCAAUAGCUGAGCCUUCAGCAACGAGACUUCAAUUCUCAGCACCCAACGUGGUGAGUUUGCGUUUGUUCCUUCAUUGUGCUGCUGCUCUCUGCAACCCAUUGCUUCUUCUGCUGAGAAACUAAUUAUCUUAAGACUGCGUAAUUUCAAAUGUGUGCUCAAUGGCUGGGAUAGCAUCAGGAUGGGACUCACCUGGAGAGCCAGAGCUGUUUUCCUCCGAAUCCCUCACACUUUGGACAGCAAACGGGCACCUUCCUGUCAGACAUCUUCCUGCUGGGCUGCUUUCAUCAUCUCAAUGAGCUGCUUCUGUCUCACCUGUCCUUUUCAUCAGAAUCACCACCAAGAAAAGCAGAAGGUCUGACUUGUCAGAGGGUGCAUCUGAUGAUGAUGAUCUCUGAGAUGUCAAUCAUCUGAGAUGAUUGAACUCAUUCAGGAGCCGGAGCCCUUCUGCCCACUUGGAAGUGCAACUGGUAUGGGUAAUGGUGUGAGAGAAGGUCAAGUGGAUUUCAAAGGGCAGGAUGUGGAGCCAACUGCAUCAGCUCAUCUUCCAGCAGAGGGUAUCCAGGAGCAGAAGAAAGUGCUUAACUCCCUGAUGUCCGGUGCUCUGGCUGGUGCUGUUGCCAAAACUGCAGUAGCUCCACUGGAUAGGACAAAAAUCAUGUUUCAGGUGUCUUCAAAAAGAUUUUCUGCCAAGGAAGCCUACAGGCUGAUUUAUCGCACCUACCUCAAUGAGGGCUUCUGGAGUCUCUGGCGGGGGAACUCAGCCACCAUGGUGCGCGUGAUCCCUUACGCUGCCAUUCAGUUCUGCGCACACGAGGAGUACAAGCAGCUCCUGGGGAGCUACUAUGGCUUCCAGGGAAAAGCGCUGACACCCUUUCCUCGAUUCAUUGCUGGCUCUCUGGCAGGCACAACGGCUGCCAUGUUAACCUACCCCUUGGAUAUGGUCCGUGCUCGAAUGGCUGUCACGCCGAAGGAGAUGUACAGCAAUAUUGUUCAUGUCUUCAUCCGAAUAUCCCGAGAGGAAGGACUGAAAACACUGUAUAGGGGAUUUACACCAACCAUCCUUGGAGUGAUUCCGUACGCCGGGCUUAGCUUUUUCACCUAUGAGACGCUGAAGAAACUGCAUGCAGAUCACAGUGGGAAAUCGCAGCCAUCCCCUCCGGAGCGGCUUUUGUUCGGUGCCUGUGCGGGUUUGAUCGGCCAGUCAGCAUCUUACCCCCUGGAUGUGGUUCGCCGGCGAAUGCAGACAGCGGGGGUUAUGGGACACACGUACAGUUCCAUCCUUCUCACCAUGCAGGAGAUUAUAAGAGAAGAGGGACUAAUCCGUGGUUUGUACAAAGGACUCAGCAUGAAUUGGGUCAAAGGUCCGAUUGCAGUGGGAAUAAGCUUCACAACCUUUGACCUGACGCAGAUCCUUCUCCGUAAAUUACAGCACAGCACUAAUGUUGAAAGGUAGUAGCUUAAUCCCCACAGCCCUCGCAGGAGAAAAGUACGACACGUGUACAAAGAGCAAUGCUAGCGUUCCCUGGCUCUGUGCGUGCUCUCCCGCAGCUCAGAACUCACCUUUCUUGUUUGUUUGUUUGUUCCUUUUGUGCUGUUGUUUGGUUUUCUUUUUUUAAUGAGCCUCCGCGUCGUUUGGAAACCUCAACCUGCAACUAACCCUCUCCUACACGAAAUCCUUUCCGCUGCAAUGCAGAACGGCGUCCUGUACAGAAGCUGCCUCAUCCUCCUGCCUUGUCCUUUGAUGCUGGGAGUGGAGCCUCUCAAACAAACAACAGUGCUGCUGCGCUCCACGUCUGCUCUCUGGGCAGCUGGAGUGGGGAUGUGAGAGAGAGAGAGGGGGGGGGAGAGAGGACUCAGUGCUGCUGGAAUGAACUCCUGAACGUGGGAAGUGAGCGCAGCUCCUGGAAGGCGGUUCUUACUGUGCACUGCUGGAGGCAGUCUGCCAAGUGCAAUAUUCCACUUAAUCUGUCGGGAAUUCCACAUUCCUCUGACCUGCGAGCGCUGAGCUCAGUAAAACAGGACACAGCAGGAUUUAACAGGUCCGGGUCACUUCUUUUCUUCUGGGAGCUGUGUGUGAGCUCUGGCUGGAAGUGCUGCCCGUUUUCAGAUGUUCUUUUUCAUUUCUGGGUUGAGUUGCAUGAAAUCUCCCUUGCACGCAGCGUUCCCCAGAGAUUACCAAAGACUGUAGACAGCAGGGGAGGAAAGUCCUGAGCAGUUUUGUAAAUCAAAUUCUCAUGUUUGUUGUCAGUGUCAUGGAUGGGGGCUGUGCCUGGGAUCACAGACUGGGUUGGAUCGAACUGCAGUAGUGCUUUCAGGCCGUCAGAACCCUUCUGUUGUCGUCAUGGUCUUAAAGGCAACUGUCCUCCAAGGGAUUUGGCAGGCUGUAGUGCCCUAAGUGAGAAAAGGAACUGCUAUAUACUUAGGUUUUCAGCAGUUAUGUCCUUCAGUAUUAUUGUUGCUGCUUUAUGCACAUUGCAGGAACAAACGUCUCCAAGAUGCACAUGUGAUGCAGGUUGAGCUGCCCCCAAACGCUGGUCAUGCCUGCUGGAUGCAGCCUGGUGGCCCUGCUUCCCAACAACCUCACUGUCCUUUGGUGCCUGCUGUGUUCUCAGUCCACACCCAAACCCACUUGCUUUCAAUCCUCGAGUUCCUCUGGACGGUGCCCUCAGGAGAAUGGGCUCCACAGUCAGUACUGACCCCUGGAAACUUAUAUCCAAUGCCAAUCAUUUCCAGUUGCAAUCUGGAAAUGAAUGGUAGAGUACCUUUCAUUGUUUCUGUUUCAUCAGGCUUCAGAGAAAUGGAGAUCUGAGGGUGGCUUUGUUUUAUGUGCUGUUCCUGUAUCGUAUUUGGAGUGUGAGAGGUCACAACCAGCUUUAUAGAGUUCUCUGGGAAUUCCAUUCCACAAGCCAAGAUUAAAAAUCCCUUUCCAGCUGAUACAGCCCAUGUAGAGGGGAGAUAACGUAUAAAAGAAAAAUAAGGCAUAAUUUAAAAGCUGUCCUUCUCUGGUGUAUAUAUUUUAGUCACUGUAGUUUGAGCCCCGUGUCAUGGCUUUAUUAAUGGGAAUGGAGGUAAUUGCACAACUGGUAGAAAUAGCUUUGUCCUUUCUUUUGUCUUUGCACUUGUUCUUCGGAGCAUAACUCGCUUCUAAUGCCAAAUAUUUCCCUAGGAACUGAGCACUUGUGCUUCCAUUUGGUGGACGUGGCGGGCAGCAUCCUGCAGUGUUAGUGUGCGUGUUGAUUCCAGAACACAGGGGUCGAUCGUACUGCAGUGGCUGUGGAUGGGCAGGUAUGAACCUCAGUGAUUUCUGCCUCUGAGCCCACCAGCGAUGAUUUCCGUUGUGAAACUUGACUGCAGUCACCAUCUUACCUUGUAAUUAAUGUUAGGUGUCGCCAUAGGAGUCAUUAGAGAUGAUAGCCACGAAUUCUCUCUCUUUUUACUCCAUUGCUAAUGGAAGAUCAUCAGCUGUUUUCUUCAUUGGGUGAAACGUUCAGUCCUUCGCAAGAGCACUGAUUUCUUUUCUCCAAUGGAGAAGCCAAUUACUUCUGCUCUUGCUUUGGUCUCACUUGGCCUGGUGAGGGCCAGGCUGGGGCAUCUCAGCAGGAACGAGGUGCAGACCAGCAGCCAGGAGUGGCAGCGGUGGCUGUUGUAGGUGUGUGCUUGCACGUCCCACCAUGUACACAACCCACAGUGAGUUCUCGCUCAGCAUGGAGGCUGCUGGGUCAGAGCACAGUCCUUUCUGCACAGAUGAGUUCUGUAGUGACAGCGGAAGAAUCCGAGCUGUGCCAUCCAAGCUCAGGCAGGCUCCUGUGCUCUGCACUACGGGAGGUGGUUGGGGCAAGCACUGCAGUUCUUGUCUUACGAGAUGCUGAGCAUCACCAAACCCCUGUGGCAACAGAGGUGGCUUCAUUCUUCCUGGGUACUGACUGAGAAAGGGUUUACACUGCAUGGCUGACCUCUUGUUUGGGGCUGAAUGGGGGGAGAGGGGCUCGCGGGGCACCUCCUGCCAUGCUGGGCGUGCAGCUGGCGUGUUGGUGAAUGGGAUCGUAUGGAAGGGGUGGCUUGUGGCACCUUGCAGCCUGGCUGGAGCCUGAGGGCUGAGCUGAGGAUGGAGACCUGAAGCACAGCCUGGCUAGGAAGAGCUGAGCCGAGGGAAGUUGUUCCUUCAUUAGCAGCUACACCUGAUUUUAAUGCAGUGAACCGUUAGCCAAACAUUUCUCCAAGUUCUGCAGGCUGAGCACUUAAGAGAGUGAUCUGAAUUCAGUCUGUAAUUGUUUUGGUGCUUUUAUUUCUUGGGCAAAAGAAUAACUGUGUCACCGCUUUGGGCUGUUCUCAAUAGUUCUUUCUUUUUCCUUGGUUUGAAUGUAGAAGAGGAGAAACGGAGUGUUCUCUUCCCUUCUCUUCAUCUUUGCACGAAUUGAGAUACGUUCCAGAUCUCUGUGCUGCCCGGAAUGAGUGCCCCAGGAGCUCUGGGCACAGUGAUUGGGAAGGGGAGGUGCCUGUGUGCCAGCCAAGAGCCUCAGCCUUGAGCGCUGGGAAAGGAGACAAAUCUAACAGGAAUAUCCUCUAGUUCCUCUUUCCUUUAAAACUAAUUUACUCCCCCGAAUUCAAUUCCUUGCUUUAAUUUUCAAGCCAUGCAUCUUACUUUUCUCGUAUGCAUUGCUGCCAAACGUUCACCUGUGCUUUUAUUUUUAUUUUUUUCCUUGUCUUUUCUUCCUGCUUCUGCACCUUUAGUUCUGCACUUGCACUUCGAGAAAAUCAGGUCCAAUGAAAUGCAUCUAAAAUGACAAAGCUGGAGCUUUGAUAGGGAUCCCUGAGACAGUCCUGCUCACAGGCAAGGAGGCCUCUGCAUGGGGCAAGAAGGUAAAGGCAUGAGGCAAUGGGGCAGAAGGCUUUGGGAAGGUUCUUGGAUUCCUUGCCCAGCUUCACGCCUUUCCUUGGCCCGCUGCAAAGCAUUGCUGCUCAUCAGCUCCUCUUUGGGCACCUCCAUGCAGUGCUGUGCUCUGUGCAAGCAGUGUGGGGAGAGCUCGUGCUGCAGGCAAGGAUAGCAGGGGCAUAAAGUCACUGAAAGCCACGGGAUGAGCGUUAUCCAGCCCUUUUCUCCUGGGCUGGUGCAGAGGAGGUGCGGGGCUGUGCUGCACGACAGCCUUUGCUAUUGCAGGGCUGGUGCUUCCCACUCCUCUCUACACCUGUGAUGGAUGCAGGGUGUCCCAGCACUGCUCGCUGCCUGUGUGGUCUAUGCAUAAUUAACACAAACACUGUUAAAUGCCUUUUGUCCAGACGUGUCCUCACCAUCAGUGUGUGUGCGUGCGUCAAUUUCUGACUGCUUUUCUUGGAUCUGGAGUUCUAUUUUAUUGCAGUGAAGACACUUUGGUAUAUAAUGUUUAUAUAUUUUAAGAUUUGUGCCAAGAGAGGAUGUAUAUUUAAUAAAAAAUUUAAUUGAC